UGACAUUUUGCACAUAAAGUAGCAAAUAACACGUGAAGACCUUUGACCAGAGAAAAUAUGUAUGAAAAAGUUUGGUUUCUCCUAUUAUAACACACAAAACUAGAGUUUGAUCCGCACAAACAUACAUAGUCUUAAUUUUUACUUUUUUUUAUAUAUUAUUUAAUGAUAUUUCUAAACACAUAAGUUAUUUAUAUAUACUUUUAGAUUCCUACAGACCUAUUUAUAAUAUACAAACAAAGUUUAAUUUAAACCCAAAAAUAAAAUAUCCAAAAAACCGAUAAGUAUCCGAGCGGGUACUUGUAUACCUAUGUCUAACUUAUUUUGUAAAAAAAAAGAAGUCAAUCGAAAUAUUAAUUACUGAGGGUUAAAAGUUAAUCACUGGCUUAAAUGGUUAUAUCCAAUGAAGAAGUCCAAAAUGAUUGCUGGAUCUAGUUUCUAGUGUGUAACCCACGCUCUAUAUGAACACGUAUAAGCGCCAUUUUAUAAUAGAGUUUAGUAAUACUCUAAUGAUAUUCUAUUUUAUAAUGAAAAAUAUAGUGAUGAAUAAAAAUAAAAUAAUUACUUUAUUUAAAGAAUAAACCAUUUUUUAUUUUAUUUUAGGUGAAAAUAGAGUGUGGGUGGAAAUGCUUUUAAACGGGUUAAAGAGUUGCUUGAUACCCCUUAUGUUCGGUUGGUUUGAAUCUAAUCGAAUCAGUACGGCUCAAUAUUGAGUUGCACCCCGUGUACAACGAUCGAUGCAAACCAACUUUCUUUUCAAGUUAUUAUUAACAAACCACAAACUUUAAUAUCUAUGAAUUGUAUUGAUCGUUGGGUCGAUCUUAUUGGAAUUGAAAUGUGGUUAAUAUCUUAUGGUCAGAUUUGAAAAAAACUUAGUGAACAUAUUUAGUAAAUUUUAAACCCAAAAAUUAAUUUACUGUAAUGAUUAUGGUCUUCGGAAAUAUGUGUUCAUUCCUUAUACAUAUGUUAGGUAAAUAAUAAUAGCCUCUUGCAAAUCUCGAGCAUACUCAGAAUUUGAUAAUCAAUAUCUUAUCGUACAAGAGUAAGACACUAAUAAGAGUUUUUUAAUCACCGAGAUGAUAUAAGUCUAUAAUUCUAUAGUGUUUUUAUUAUAAUAAAUUUGAAUUAGUUAAAGAAUGACCAUUAAAUUCACCCUAAUGACUUCUUUUAUUAAGAAGGUCUAUUUCCUCCAUUUCUCCUCUUCUUCUUCGUUUCUCCUCCUCCUCCAUUGACGCUCUCAAGAACACACUCAUAAUUAGCAUGCUUGCAUGUCCAGAGACAGCAGGGAAGGAUUUGGAGAUUACUACAAGAUCGUGAAGAAGGUAAAGAAAGAUCCAACCUUCGAAAAGACUAUGGAUCAUGCCGUGAUGGGAAUCAGGAGACACGUGGCGGUGCCUCCGGGGACAACGUUGAACACCGUGACUCCGUGCGCCGCUUGUAAGCUACUCCGUCGUCGUUGCGCGGAGGAGUGCCCUUUCUCGCCCUACUUCUCGCCUCACGAACCCCACAAGUUCGCCGCCGUUCAUAAAGUCUUCGGUGCCAGUAACGUCUCCAAGAUGCUUCUGGAAGUGGGUGAAAGUCAGAGAGGGGACGCCGCAAACAGUUUAGUCUACGAAGCAAACUUGAGACUGAGAGAUCCUAUCUACGGUUGCAUGGGAGCAAUCUCCGCUCUUCAACACCACAUCCAAUCUCUCCAGUCCGAACUCACGGCUGUCCGCACAGACAUCCUUCGCCACAAAUACCGAGAGGCCGCCACAAUCACUUCCCUUCAAAACAACAACAACAACUUCAACAAUACUACAACCACAUCAGUGUCCGAUCAUGCUGCUCUAGCUGCGACCAUUUUGCUCCCACCACCACUGCCACCGCCUCAUCCGCCACGACCACCAAGGUUGUUGUCGUCUCAGCCUGCUCCACCUGUUUCCUUGCCCUCUCCUUCGAUGGUGGUACCGUCUUCUUCGUCUUCUAAUUCAUCUGCUGGCAAUUCUAUGUAUAAUCCUCCUCCGUCUUCGGCCGCUGGAUGCAGUAAUUCUCUGUCCAGUGACAACAAUGUUCAUUACUUCGAUUAAUCAGAAUUAUGUUCUUACUUACCCCGGUCCUUUUAAAGUAAAAGUUUGAAUGUUGUUCCAUAUUGAGAAUACGGCUUGAGUGUUUUGUUUUUAUUUCAUGUAGAUUAAAAGUUGCAUUACUCGUACAUUCACAUUUGCUUUGACGGCCCGUAAUUUAUUAACUUAUCAGACGAUUAAAUAAUAUCUUUAUUUA